AUGGAAUACUGUGCCGAGGGGUCACUUAGAGAACUAAUCACAAAUCCCGAAUUGAACUAUACAAUCUCGACGAUUGUUCAAUGGGCUGAGGAAAUUUUUUCGCCGAUAGCUUGUCUGAAGUCGAAAUCGAUCGCUCAUCGGGAUAUUAAACCGGAAAACAUCUUUGUCGAUAGCGAUUUUCAUCUGAAAAUUGGCGAUUUUGGCCUUGUGAAAGAGUUUGGAUCGAGUUCUUCAAGUACAACCAAUCACACAAUAGUUGGAACGAGGAGAUAUAUGAUGCCAGAAUUGAGGGAUGGAUUGGAAAUGAGUAUCGAGAGCAUCUUCAAGGGUGAUGUUUAUGCAGCCGGAAAUCUUGGUAAAGAGACGGAAAUUGAAUUCCCAUCUACGAAUUGUCCAAAUGUUAAUGUCGAAAUCCUUCUGGACACGAUUCAUGAGUCUGUUCAUAUUGAAAUGAGUAGUCGAAUCGCUUUAGAUGCUCAAGUUCAAAAUUGGGUGUUGCACGGCGAUUGGGCGUUGAAGAAGCAC